AUGAAUAACUUCACCCCCAUGACAAUCUGGAGUCUGUUGGGUAUCCCUCCACCCAACCCCUACCCCGUCGGUCAGUAUCUUUUACCUGCAUUCAAGCUGGGCCUGGACAUGAGACCAAUUGGAGUACGAAAUCAAGAAUUCACAGAUUUACCAACAAUCUUUGGAAGCCAGCAUGGUCUAAUGGUUCUGUACAUCUCCAUUGGUCGUAACCAGCUGAUGAUUCGUCAGAAAGGAACCCGAGUCUGGUAUAAUAUGAGUAGCGGUGGCCUCAUGUUUGCAACCAUAGACUCCACCGGCAGGUUGCCAGACGGGACGAUACUCUUGACCAUCAUCGAUGACGACGGCGAGAGGGUUACCUUACCGGAUCUAGCUCGAUACUUCAGAGGCCGGUUGCGGUCCUUACAUAGCCCAAGCGUUCCUCGUCCUGCUCCACCACCAUGGUUGGAGCCGGAGGCCCAAGCAUCUGUUGAAAGGGUAAUUAACAUGCUUGAAGAAGCAUUCAAAUCUUCAUAUAUGACUACUUGGGACGUCUGGGACUAUGCUGCGGACUUGUCACCGAGACAGAGUGGAAGCAAUGAGGAGUUGGAGAAGAAACUCUUGGCACAAUUCCCACCGAUCUACGAAACAGCCGGGUCCGAUAUCCCCUACCUCGAUCAACCGUGCCAUAUAACCGACCGGCAGGGUCACAUUUUACUUUGGUACUUUCCUGAAAUGUUCUCAGAACAGCUUCGGACAUUUAUUUGGGAUCACACAGGUUCUUUGAGCCCCAAAAAGAGAAGUAAUGGGAGUUGGCGGGAUCACCACCCUGAGAAUGAAGGGGUCACUGGGAUUGUAAAUUUAUCACCCAGCUGGUUUUCUCAAGGACAUGAAGGUCCCGAGGAUCCACUGCGCGCGUCAGCCGAUAUUCAGGAACCUGCCAAUUCAACCUACCUCCAGAAUGUCCUAUUGGCCAAUGCAAUUGUUGGUGCAAUCUAUGCCGUCAUACAACCCGAUCUUUUUGAGUCCAGUUUAGCCACCUUCGAGAAGCUUGCCAAUCAUGCCGAGGCAUUGGACGAUCCUAUCAAUAUUGCUCUUCGCAUUUGGGCCACUCCCUUCACCGGUCUUUCAGUCAUCCUGAACCGAGAGAUGAUCGAUCACCGAGAUCUAAAGGGGUAUAGGGAGUCUUUUGACUUGUUGCUCACCAUCGGAAACUACACAGGAGGCCGGUGUCACUUAGCCGGGCUCGGGUUUAGCCUUGUUUAUGACCCUGGGACGGUUGUUGCCUUGGCCGGCAAUGUUUUACAACAUGGUGUCAAUAAGAGCAGACUGCUGUACAAUUUCCUCCCAAACCGAAAUCUCAUUGGUGACCCACUCUUCCUCGGCCUCAGCACGCUUGAUACGUUCAAGGAGACGAUCCCGAGCAUUCUCCAACUGGGUCUUGAUGUGCUGAACUUCGGCCGGUGUCAGCGUGGAGGUGUCAGUGUCCAGGUUCUGUACAUCUCCAUUGGUCGUAACCAGCUGAUGAUUCGUCAGAAAGGAACCCGAGUCUGGUAUAAUAUGAGUAGCGGUGGCCUCAUGUUUGCAACCAUAGACUCCACCGGCAGGUUGCCAGACGGGACGAUACUCUUGACCAUCAUCGAUGACGACGGCGAGAGGGUUACCUUACCACGUCCCUGUUCUACGUAA